AUGCCGCAAAAACAUAGAAAACUUGAAUCACCAAUUUCUCAGCAACCCAGAAUAAAGCGUCAGGACCUUGGAACUCCUAACCCAAUGGAACAACAUCCAGCACAACCGCCACAUCCAGCGGCUCUAGCGCCUCUACCACAACAGCAACAUCAACAACCUCUCUAUCCUGUCCAUCCAGUGGAUCCCGAGACUUCGGAUACGUGGGCUGCCUGUGCGAAAUGUGCCCUAUCGAUUGGUCACCUUGAAUUGGCGUUCCGUUCGUGUCAGUCGGCGCUUGAUAAAAAUCCGGCCAACGCGUUGGCAUUGAGCACAAUUUCCGCGACUUACCGUGAGGAUGACAUGAAAACAAAAGGGGACCGUGGAGUUGAAAACGCCCUUAAUAUCUUGAAUGAUGCGAUAAGGAUGUAUCCCUCUCUCGGUUCUGAUCCUUUAAUUCUCAAAGAAUUGGCGCAUUGCCAGGCACUCAAGGGAUUUUAUGAUCAGGCACACGCCACUUUAGAACAUAUUUUGCUGAUGAGUAUUACAGACCCAGAAGUAUGGUUGAUGGAAGGUAAAGCUUUGAUUAGAAUGGGGGCUAGAGCAGGUGCUCAAUCAAAAAAUAUGGCAGUUAACGCUUUUAGAAGUGCUUUGGAUAGAACCAUGAAGCCACUCUCAUUAGAAGCUGCUGCCAUCACCAGACAAUGUCAUUCUGAAUUGGCAGCCAUUGCAUUUUCGGAAGGCAAUUUAGAUGGUGCCGCUUUGGAGCUCUCUAAUACACUUGCUUUACCUUUACCGGAUGAAGCUCAAAAAUAUGAACUAUCUUGCACAUGGUGUGCCUUGGCAGUUACUAAAGAAGCCAAUGGUGAUAUUCAAGGGGCUAUGCAAAUAUGUGAUACUGCAGAAAAAGUAUUGGGUCUUUAUCCCCGCUUGUUGAUUACUGAAGCGUAUCUUUUGCUUAUUCAGCCAACUGUUGAGAAUGCAGUUAAAGCUGCCCAGUUAUUGCAAGUAGUUAUUCAAAAGACUGAUGACCAUUGGGAUAAUAAAGAGGGUGAUUUCCUACCAUAUUAUUUGCUUGGCUGUGCGUACGCUGCAGUUGAGGACCCUUCUAAUGCUUAUGAAGCUUUACAUGUUGCUCUUAGCAGAGCCCCGGCUUCAGCUUUUCCUUGGCUAUCUGUUGGUGCCUUGUAUUUACGUUUGGGUCAACUUAGAGAUUCUUUGGCUGCUUAUUCUAAAGCGGCCAAAUUGAAGGAAGAAAUCGUUGGUUAUGCUACGGCAGUAGUUACAUGGAAAGGAUUGGACUGUGUCUAUGAGCGUUGCGAUAAACAAUUUAGUGAUGCUGCCAAUGCUUGUACUAGAGCUGCAGAAUUCGCUAGAUUAGCAGGUGAUAUGCGUACAAAUGCUCAAUUAGAACAACGCUCGCAUGCUCUUUUAGCUGCUGCUAGAGGUGAAGCUCCAGUUCCAAAGCUUCAACAACCACCAGAGCCACCUCUUCAAUUACUUCGUGAUUUAACUAUCAUGUCUCCUGACGAGCGUAUCGAAUUAAUGAACCGUCAAAAUGUUCAGCAGCAACAAAUUGAGCAACAAGCACAGCCAUUACCCCAAGCUCCUCCAAUGCAACAACAGUCGAGUCUCCAUUUCCAGCGCGGCCCUCCACCUCCAGUUGGAGCAGCUAAUGGAACAUCCGUAGCCCCACAAGCUCCUCUGGUAGCUUCUGCAGCCCCUGGUCCUCCAGGACCUUCGCCUCAACAAUUCUCACCACGUCAACAAGUUGGUUAUCAACAACAAUUUUCGCCUCAUCAUCAAGUACCAGGCUAUCAAGGGCAAUAUAUUGCACCAGUAAACCGUGAAGGACAAUCCACACCACUUUCUAGGCCAGUGGUGUCUAUACUUUCACCUAGUAGUGGGAUUCCUGCUAAUGGCCAGGCGCCUCAAUACCAUUAUGGACAAGGUAAAGCAGUUCCACCAAUAAAUCCUGUUGGUGCACCACAAAUUCGCCCUGGUGGUCAAUAUGCGCAAUUCCCACACCCAACAGAACGUCCAAGGGAAUACAUUUAG